AUGCCAUGCAUGCUUCGGAAUGCAUCUGUCCUCAUGUUCAUGUUGGGCCUUGUCAGGUACGGGGAGAGGGUGUGUGCUCUAAAGCGUGCCAACACUGGAGCAUCGGGCAACAAGUAUCGCUCCUUGGAGACGAUCACUCGUUCUUCUUUAACCAGACCUCCUACGGAUUGGAGGGACACAGAGGGCCGGCUGCGGAUAGCCCACCUCCUAAUGGAUGUUCCCAAGGAUCUAUUCCAGGGUCCUUUGACCAACAUAGUGCUACACCUGAGCGGCGACGAUGAUGUCGUCCCCGUGGAUGAGCUAUACAAGGUGGUGGAGAUGCAACUCAGCUUGACGCACGAUGUCGUGUACAGCAAGGCCGAGGCGAUCCAAACAUGGUAUGGCCUCUGCAUUCACGUCAUUUCUCCCGUGUUCACCGUCGUUGCUUUUGUGCUAUUUCAUAGGUCGGGCUUGUCAGCUGGUGAUCAGUACAGCAGAGUAGACGUUAUCAUCACAUAUGUUUUGUUAGGUGGGGCUGUUACGUUGGAGAUGGUUUCAACACUAAGGGUCAUGUUCUCGAGAUGGCCAAGCGCGAUACUAGGGAAGCUAGCCUAUGGCAUGGCGGGACAGGAAAGGCGCGUGUGGGGUUUGCUUGCCCGUUCAAUCGCGUAUAUCCGCCGAUUUAUCCUUCCUAAGAGGGAUGGGUCGAGAUGGUGGUGGUCGUGCUCUAUGGGGCAACAAAAUCUGAUUGACUUGUGUGUUGGUAGUAGGACGAGCCCAAAAAGCAAAAUUGCGGUUUGGAUGGGGGUUGAGGUCUGGUGGAACACACUGGUUUACUCGCACUCCAUCCCCGUCUCUAGAACUGUCAAGGAACUACUGGUGAAACAGGUGCUCAUGAGUAAUCAGGGCAGGAAGGAUGAGUACUUCUUGUACUCUAAGUCCAUGGAAGAGGAGCCAGAUCACAUCAUCAAUUCACGGGGUCGGGCGGCCUUACAGAAGUGGCGCCGUUUAUACGAUUUGGAGCAGUUUGUGAAUAUGAACUUUGAUCAGAGCAUCCUCGCGUGGCACAUAGCCACUGAUAUCUACCUCCGUUGGCGCAGAGAUCAGGAGCAAGUUGAUGCAGAUCAUGUGUCUUCCCUUGCUGAGGCAACCGAGGCGAUCUCGAAUUACAUGCUUUUCCUCCUUGCCGCACGCCCCUACAUGUUACCAGGAUCUGUAAGCCGCGCUAUGUAUGUUGAUAUGUGCUAUUGUCUCACGAGUCUAAAUUGCCACAGAACCAAGGAUUUGGUCAACUUCCUAACGACGCCGUCAUACAGUUGGUUGGAAAUAUUUGAUAGAACAAAAAGAGGGCAUAUUCGUCGUAACAAAACACUGCAAGCAGCAUACAAGCUUGCCUGCAAGCUGUGUGGCAGACCUGAUACACUAGAGAUGAUCUCACAAGUGUGGGCGGAGAUGUUGUGCUACGCGGGGUACAAAUGCAGCGGGUAUUCUCAUGCCAAACAGCUGAGCAACGGCGGCGAGCUCCUCACUGUUGCUGCCCUUGUGGUGGAGUACUACAGAAGAAACAUCCUCAAACCUAGGAGCAAGCCAGAAGAGGAGCAAGAGGUAACGCGGGCAACCAACCUUCUUGCAACUGGUAGGCUCACGGCUGCGACAGAGAUCGAUUUGGAACCUACUAGGAAUGUACCGCUACCCCUGCCUGGCUUUGGCUCUCUUGAGGCGCCCCUUGAUGAACCACGGAGCCCAUCGUCUGAGCCGAACGAUGAGAUAUCCCCGGUCUGA